CAGAGACAGAGUGUAACUUUCAGGAGCUCUGAUAUCUGACUGAGUUGGUGUGGAUCUGAGAGCCUGAACUCAGAAUGAAGAUCCUCCUCAUCUUCACCCUCUUCCUGAUUUCAGUAGGUGGAGGAGAAUCAGAGAGAGUGACAGGAUAUUCAGGAGGAGGAGUCCUCAUCAAGUGUAGAUAUGAGACACAAUACACAUCAAACCCAAAAUAUUUGUGUAAAGGUUCAGGGCCAAACUGUGCUGACCAGAUCAAGACAGGAGUUCAAAAAGAGUGGAUAAAUAGUGGAAGAUUCUCACUGUUUGAUGACACCAAAGCUGCAGAGUUCUGGGUGUUGAUCAGAGAGCUCACUGUAGAGGAUUCUGGACUGUACCAGUGUGUAGUGAAUAUUUCUCGGCUGCCUGACAUCUACACAGCAGUGGAACUGAAUGUAAAGGAAGAUCAAUCCUAUGAGAAGAGCAUCAGUGUGAGUGGCAAUGUAGGAAGAAGCGUGAACAUCAGCUGCAAAUACCCACAAUCACAUAGGAGUGACACCAAGUUUCUCUGUAGGAGGGUGGGGUAUAGUAGUUGUCCUUAUAAAACAUCUGUUAAUGAGAGCAGAAGGUGGAUAGUGGCAGGAAAACUCUCUCUCCAUGAUGAUGGAAAGCAGAUCUUCACUGUGAUCAUCAACAGACUGUCUGAGGGAGACUCUGGUGAAUACUGGUGUGGAGCUGAAUCAGACUGGACAUCUGAUCAUGGAUUCAAGGUUUACACCACACAGAUCAACCUCAGAGUUACUGAACAAGAACAACAAGCAACAAGAUCAUCCUCAUCAAGAACAACUCCACAAGGCAUAAAAGCAACCAUAUUCUCAACAUCUAAAACCACAGGAACAUCCUUAAUUGAGAUAAAAACAACAGAUCUCAGUGUUUUGCCUUGUUCAGUGUCAUGCAACAGUUCAGCGACCACAAAAACAACCACACCCUCAUCUUCUAACAGCACACUUGCUUUUUCUUCAGCUACAGAAUUUCUCAUUUUCUCUGUGGUCACUGGUACAUCUGUGAUUCUGCUGCUGCUGCUUCUGGUUGGACUCUUAUUCUUCAUAUAUGCUCAGCGAAAGAGAAGUAAGACUCAAGGGCGAAUUUUAUACCAAAACCAAUCCAUCAUUGGCUCCUCAAGCAACCAGGAGGUUCCACAUGUUCUGUCGGUCCAUGAGGAGAUUAAAAACAUGUUUUCCUCAGAUGCUGAUGUUUCCACAGUUUACUCUACUGCUGAACUACCUACAAACCCCUCAGAACCUUCUCAGACUGUUUAUGAUAAUGUACAGUUACCCACAAACCCCUCAGAACCUUCUCAAACUGUUUAUGAUAAUGUCCAGUUACCCUCAAACCCCUCAGAACCUUCUCAGACUGUUUAUGAUAAUGUCCAGUUACCCACAAACCCCUCAGAACCUUCUCAGACUGUUUAUGAUAAUGUCCAUUUACCCUCAAACCCCUCAGAACCUUCUCAAACUGUUUAUGAUAGUGUCCAGUUACCCACAAACCCCUCAGAACCUUCUCAAACUGUCGAUGAUAAUGUCCAGUUACCCUCAAGCAGUGAUUUCUCAAAUCCUGUUUAUUCUCCUGCUCAGUUACCAUCAAACUCUCCUGAUCAGGACAUCUACUCCACAGCUCAGUUACCCACAAUUCUCUCUGAUUCCUCAGCGAGUGCCACUUAGCAUUCAGCUGGAGAAUCUGCUGAAUGUCCAACAUACUCAACAGUGAAUUUCAGCAGGAAUGAGGACAGUUCUAAUGAAGCUUUUACUACG